CUCACUUGCCCUGUAUCUCUCAAAAUUCCCCAUACAUCUCUCUCUCUCUCUCUCUCUCUCUCUCUCUCUCUCUCUCUCUCUAUACACACACACACACAAAAAUUCGAAAAAAAUGCUUCUGAAAGCUGCCCCCGCUUUUGGCUUGUUCAAUUCCAAUGGGGAAAAUCUGAGCGCUCUGUUUUCCUCCGCCUCUUCGUCUUCUUCGUUGGUGAUGAAGGCCGCCGAGGGAAGAAAUGUAAACGGAUUCGUGACGUGUGCGGCGAAGCACACCAACAGCAAACCCUUGACCGGCGUCGUUUUCGAGCCGUUCGAAGAAGUGAAAAAGGAGCUCAUGCUCGUGCCUAGUCUCCCUCAAGCUUCGCUCGCCCGCCAUAAGUUCCCGGACGAGUGCGAGGCCGCUGUCAACGAGCAAAUCAAUGUGGAGUACAAUGUAUCGUACGUGUACCAUGCCAUGUUUGCCUACUUUGAUAGAGACAACGUUGCUCUCAAGGGGCUUGCUAAUUUUUUCAAGGAUUCGAGUGUGGAAGAAAGAGAGCAUGCUGAAAAAUUAAUGGAGUACCAGAACAAGCGAGGUGGGAAAGUACAGCUGAAGUCUAUUUUGAUGCCGCUUUCCGAGUUCGAUCAUGUUGAAAAGGGAGAUGCAUUAUAUGCUAUGGAGUUGGCGUUGUCUUUAGAGAAGUUGACAAAUGAGAAGCUUCUAAAUCUGCAUGCUGUAGCUUCUCGCAACAAUGAUGUGCAAUUGGCCGACUUUGUUGAGAGCGAGUAUUUGGGAGAGCAGGUGGAAUCUAUCAAGAAGAUAUCGGAAUAUGUUGCACAGUUGAGGAGAGUCGGUAAAGGCCAUGGUGUGUGGCACUUCGACCAGAUGCUGCUGAAGGAAGCCGAUAUUGUUGCUUGAGAUGGAUCUUUAUGUGUGCUUUGUUGCCCUCUUAAAAGAAUAUACUCUUUGGCCUCUCUGACUUCGUUUUUUGCGCUAUGUGUUUCGGACUCGGUGUUGGUGUUAGACGAGAGGUGUAGUUAUCGUGGCUUUUGGAACUUCUAGCCUUACUAUCAGUAGGUUAUGCCUUAGAAAAAUUGAGCAAUUUUGUUUGGACUGCUUGACUAUUACAUUCAAUGUGUUUUUAGCUUGAAUCCGACGUUUUAUAUAUUUGUUUUAGCUUCUAUA